CCCCCGUGACGUAGUAGUUGCUGCAGCAACGCCCCGCCCCCAGCGCGGUGCGGAGUAGGAAGUGGCCGGUAACCUUCACUCGGGGCCGGGAUCAGCGGAGGAGAAGAUCGGGAGGCGCAAGGAGCGGCCAUGGUGCUGGUAAAAGAGUUCCGAGUUGUGUUGCCUGUUUCCGUGGAGGAGUACCAAGUGGGCCAGCUCUACUCGGUAGCAGAAGCCAGUAAGAAUGAAACAGGAGGAGGCGAAGGCGUGGAAGUACUUGUAAAUGAGCCUUAUGAGAAGGAUGGGGAGAAAGGACAGUAUACACACAAGAUUUACCAUUUACAAAGCAAAGUACCAACAUUUGUAAGGAUGCUGGCGCCUGAAGGAGCACUGAAUAUGCACGAGAAGGCCUGGAAUGCAUACCCCUACUGCAGGACGGUUAUUACAAAUGAAUACAUGAAGGAUGACUUCUUGAUUAAGAUUGAGACGUGGCACAAGCCGGAUCUGGGCACACAAGACAAUGUACAUAAACUAGAACCAAAUGAAUGGAAGAAUGUGGAAGUUGUGCAAAUUGAUAUUGCAGACAGAUCUCAGGUUCUCUCUAAGGAUUAUAAACCAGAGGAAGACCCAGCAAAAUUUAAGUCUGUCAAGACUGGACGUGGACCCCUCACUCCUGAUUGGAAGAAAACACUGGCGCAACGAAAAGACAUACCCCAUAUGUGUGCAUACAAGCUAGUGACCGUCAAGUUCAAAUGGUGGGGCUUGCAGAACAAAGUGGAAAACUUCAUCCAAAAGCAAGAGAGGCGGUUGUUUACAAAUUUCCAUCGGCAGCUUUUCUGCUGGUUGGACAAGUGGGUGGAGUUAACAAUGGAUGACAUUCGCAGGAUGGAGGAAGAAACCAAGAAAGCGCUCGAUGAGAUGAGAGAGAAAGAUCCAGUGAAAGGCAUGGUGGCAGCAGAUGACUAGCACAGAAGUAUUGAGUUUAUUUUGAACUGAAGUGAUGGACAGAAUUAUCCUGUACUCCGGUCCUGAUGGAUAGCUCACUUCUAGAUCAAGUCCACUACCUGUUUUUGCAAAAGAUUUUACCCCCCCCCCCCCCCCAUGUAGUUUACUCUAGGCACCCUGUAAUAUUGUGAGCUAGUAGCGCUAUAACAAGCAAACACUAUGAUUAUCAUACCUGCGUGAUGAAGGAGCUCACUCCUCAGGUGCAUUGUGUAUAUAAUGUAUUAACAAAGCCCUCUGCUCUUAUAUUUUCAUGGUCCCCAGAGUCUACUGAGCUCCUCUUUAAUUUAAAUGUCACUUUUAGAAAGAGAAAAAAAAAAUUAUGUCUUGUGAUAAUUGUGAAUUGCAGAUAGUUCUGUUUUACUUAUUUGAGACGGUGAUCUUAUUUUGUCGGGGUACCAGUACAGUUGGUGCCACAAUCCCAUUCUACCUGCAGGACAUCUAAAGCUCUGUAUGAAAUGAAGACCUCCGUAGCAGAAGUAUCCUUUCUGUUUCCGAUUUUCAGACACUGUUGCUUUUUGUCACAAUUUACAAUGAUGUAAAUAAUUGCAAACCUGAUGCUUUAUGUUAUGGUAAGACAAUCCAAUUUCCCAACCUGCUCCGGUCUUGACAUUCCAAGUGUUCCUGCGUUGUAAGCGUGCUGCCCAACAACAUCUCCCAAUGUGG